GAUACUGCAGGUGGGCGGGGCUCUACAUCCGGGAACUACGGCUAACCCCUGACGUGACCCUGCAGGAUUGCAAACAUGGCGGAGCCCUCCCUCGGGAAUUCGAGCCCAGGAGGUUCAGCAGGUUCCGUUGACCAUGAUUUCGACCCGUCAGCAGACAUGCUUGUCCAUGACUUUGAUGAUGAACGCACCCUGGAGGAAGAAGAAAUGUUGGAGGCAUCAGAUGAGACCAACGCCAAUGAGAUUGAAGAUCUUGCACGGGAGGGAGAGAUGCCCAUUCAUGAGCUGCUGAGUCUGUAUGGUUAUGGGGGCGGUUCACCAGCAGAUGAAGAUGAAGAUGAGGAGGAGGAGGAGGAGGAGGAAGAACCUGAGGAAGAAGAGGAUGACGAGGAAGAAGAGGAGGAAGAGGACUUUGACAACGAUGAAAGCAGUCAAAGGACUGGCGAGUUAAAAAGAAAUGAGGGUGAGGGUGUUAAGAUCUCGUUGGGACAGAGGGAUGAGGCCCAGGCAACCUCGGAGGUUCGCACACGCUCAGUCAGGUCCCUUGGCACAGCAGAACUCAUUCGCCCACAGAAACUCAAGUACUUUGAAAGUAAUAAUGAUGUAGAGGAGGAGUCAGAUGAAGAUGAGGACUAUGUUCCGUCUGAAGACUGGAAAAAGGAAAUCAUGGUGGGUUCAAUGUAUCAGGCAGAAACUCCUGUUGGCCUGUGUAAAUAUAAAGACAAUGAAAAAGUUUAUGAAAAUGAUGACCAGUUGUUGUGGAACCCCGAGUGUCUUCCUGAAGGCAAAGUGGUGGAGUUCUUGACCGAGGCAUCGAGGCGGACAGGAGAGGAGAAGGGAGUGGAUGCAAUCCCAGAGGGAUCCCAUAUCAAAGACAAUGAACAGGCAUUGUAUGAACUAGUGAAAUGUGACUUUGACACAGAGGAAGCUUUAAGAAGACUUAGGUUUAAUGUAAAAGCAGCCAGAGAGGAGCUAUCUGUCUGGACUGAAGAGGAAUGUAGACAUUUUGAACAAGGACUAAAAGCUUAUGGGAAAGACUUUCAUUUAAUACAGGCCAACAAGGUGAGAACUAGGUCUGUAGGAGAAUGUGUGGCCUUUUAUUACAUGUGGAAGAAGUCUGAGCGUUAUGAUUUCUUUGCACAGCAAACCAGACUUGGAAAAAGGAAAUACAACCUUCACCCUGGUGUCACAGACUACAUGGACAGAUUACUGGACGAGACGGAGAGCGCCACGUCCAGCAGGGCGGCGUCGCCUCCUCCCACCACCUCCAGCAGCAGCGCCAGCCACUCGGAGAGGGAAGACGGCAGCAGUCAGAACGGUAUCGCAAGCCACAAUUCAAACCACCCAGUGGACGGCGCUCAGUUGCCCCCAGUAAAUCAAGUCCCGUCUGAGUCCGUUCAGUCCAACGGUCCCUCCCAUCCGUCAGUGGAAGCUCCUCCUCCCAUCUCAGACAACAACUCCAAUGGCUGCAGCCAACCCGGUGCGCCCAACCACGACCAAAAUGGUUCUCUGGAGCCUCCGCUGGAACACAGAGACACGGCAACAGCACACGAAAGGCCGGCCAAGAGAUGCAGGACUGAGGCCGAGCCGUUAGGCCAAAGUGAGGUGGAAGCAUCCAGAACACAGGAGGACUGAAGGAUACACAGUUACGUGAUGUAGACUAAUAGACGCUGAAUUGGGCGGGAAAUUGUCCCUGCUUCCCCAGAGGAAAAGGGUGAAGAGGAUGAGGUAAGAUGAGCCCCUCUUGGCCCGUGAGCGUAGUAUCUCCUAAGAGCAGACUCACUCUUUGAUAAGGUCAAAGGUCACUGAAAGUCACACCUUAAAGAACACAGCCAACCAAACUGCAGCUGGUCCUCCAGGGGUCCACCCCCCCUCUCCAUGUACUGACUGCCUGCAGAGCUCAUUCCAAAGUACCACAGCUCCACCAUGUCCUACAAAACAUCUUCUACCAAUCGUCUUUAUUCCCUUUUUGGUGACAGACUAAACAAAAUUUUGCCAAGAAUUUCCUUUUUCUAUUUGUACUCAAAGAAAAUAAAUCACCUGUGAUAUUUUUUUACACAAGAGAUAUUUAUAUUUUUUAACAAAAGAAAAACUAUGAUAGGUAACUGCUGUUCAGGCUAUUUGAACAUUUGAUGAAACGGGACAGGUUUUAAACGGUUAUGUGCUGGUGCUGUCGCUGGCUCUCUUUAGUUGCACUUUGAUUGUAUGUUCCUCAACAUUACUGAUAAGGAGUGGUGUCGAAACCCAGCAGAAUAACAUUUUCACUCGUCUUCUGGCCGUUUGUUUGAUUCUGAUGAAUAAACCAAUGGGUUAGUCCCCCCGCUGGUUUGUUUGUGUAAAGCAGCUGACAUCAGUGAUGUCCUGUAUUAUAACUCAUGUAGAAGAUUGCUGUAUUUUUGGAUUUUCAUAGUCAGUGCUUUGCUCAACGCGUUGUUUUUAAUAGACAGAAUGUCCGUGCUUUUUAAUGUAAAGUUUGUAUAGAUUUCUUACCUUGAGAAGUUGGUACAUUUUUAUAGCUGUCUGUCCAUCUGUAUGUUCUGGUCUUCCUUACAGGCUGGGCUUUUUGUUGUGAAAUCUUUCGCUCUGUUGCUCAAAGAUGGAUGUAAUAAAAAAAAAAGUAGCCAUUCCUCUUUCCCUCUCUGUUCGACAGCCCUUCCCAUUCCUGUGUGACCUUGCGCAAUCUGAAAUGUUUGUAGCAGAGAGCCUCACCUUUUGUGCGUAGAAAAAGGCCCACGUUGUGGUUCAGUUUGCUGCUUGCCUUUGGUUCAAAACCUCUGCUUACUCAAAGUGCUUAGUUUCAGCCCAUAUUUCCUGUCUUUCCUCAGUGAGAGGCUUCAGAGCAGUGAGACAGACCAUGUUGACAUGGGGGGGGUCAUUUUGUUUUGGUACACUAGCUGUUCAGGUUGAUGCUUGCGUCUUUUACUUUGUACUCCAGCUUUGAACUUAACAUUCACAAAUUAAGAUAAGUUUGUCUCAAAUAAUGUUGAUCCAUGUAGUAUUUUCUUUCCCUUUUGUUGACAAUGAUGUCUUGUUUCUUUUCUCUGUAAAUGAAUAAAAAUGAAAUGUAUUCCAAGACUGGCUAUGAAUGGAAUAACAUUGGCUAUAUUUAAUAAAUGUAUUAAUGAGUGA